GAGCCGGACUCAACCGCACGGCUCCGCUUUUACGCUUUUAUUUUGAAGGAACCGGGAUCCUUUACUCCAGCAGCGGACACCGGCGUGACCGGGAGUGAGUUACCAGAGUUAUGGACACAGACAGUUCCCCGGGACCCGACCCCCGCCCAGGAGCCCGGGAGGAGGCUCCGGGGCCCCGGGGCCUGGUGGACUGGAGCCACAGACCGUACCGGACCUGCCUCGUGCUCUCCGGUGUGAGCGCGCUGCUGUGGCUGGUGGUGCUGGGCCCGUGUCGGAGCCUCUGCCUCCUGUGCCUCCUCUUGGCUCUGGGAGUCCUCGUCGACUUUGCAGGAGGAUUCUGGAUUCCUGGUGUGAUGCACGGGUGGGGGGUGAUGCCGGAGCCGGACUCUUCGCUCCAGCUGCUGCUCAAAGAGACAUGUGCCUUCAGACAGCAGAGCCCAGGCAAGUUCUGUCUCCUGAUGUGCAGCCUGUGCACGUUCAUGGCCGUGUUGGGGCGUUACAUUCCCGGCGUGGUGCUCUCCUACGCUUUAGUGCUGGGGAUCUUCUUCUGGCCUCUGCUCUCUUCUCUGGAGGUGGGUCUGUGGCUGAAGCCCGUCCUGCACAAGAUGGAUGAAGGUCUCUGGAACGUCCUCCACAGAAUCAGAGAUGCUCAUGUGCUGCGUCUGUCCGAGCCUCAGCAGCCCCACACCGAGACCGGACACACGGACUCAGACCUGUCCUCCAUGACGCCCAAGCUGGACUCGGCUCAGUGUAAGGAGCUGUGCGUGUCGGACACCGAGCCUUCAGAACUGAGCUGGACCGACGGCCUCUUCACGCUGUCAGAGGGACAGACCCCCCAGUCAGAAGGAAACACCCCCUUCACCGACCAAUCAGAAGAACUGGACAGAGAAGAAUUCCCUUCACUCGACAACGGCCACAUGACGAACGGCACCAGCGACGAGGAGGACCUGUACCCCGCCAUCCCCGCCCCUCAGCCCGGUCAGCCAAUCACAGCCCAGCCCUCCGACGCCAUCACCCUCUCGGAACUGGGAGGGCACCUGGUCUCCGCUCUGAUCCAGGAGAGGCUGGAGUCCGCCCUGGCCCCCGUCCUCCUCCUCCCCGCCGCCGCCGCCGCCGUCCAGGAGAGCGCCAGAGCGGGGAAGGAGAUGGCGCUGGAGGAUUCGGACAGUGACGUGGAGGACUUCGAGCUGCUGGACCAGUCGGAGCUGGAGCAGUGCGAGGCGGAGCUGGGUCUGACCCAAGAGCAGAGUCCAGAGUCCAGCCACAGAAAAACGGCGCCCGGGUUCAUCUCCAAACUCCUGCGACGCCACUAAAAAAACGACUAACCCUGUCCAUGUCACGCACUAUGCAAAAUGUACUCCUCUGAACUCUUCUGGCUCUUUUAAAUUUCCUAAACAGUGGUCCCUCGUUUAUCACGUGGGUUAAGUUCUAAAAACAACUCGCAAUAGGUGAAAUCCGCGAAGUAGUCAGCUUUAUUUUUACAAUUAUUAUAUCUGUUUUAAGGCUGUAAUAUCCCUAACCACACACUUUAUACACUUUUCUCAGACAGGACACUUCCUUCUUAACACACAUCCUUCUUAAAACUUAUUGCUGCUGUCGUCCUUUUGUUAUUUUCCUCCUUCUUUAUGUAACGAACCAAAGAUUAAUUUAUUCUGUAAUGGAGCCUACAGCACAGAGUCCUGCACGGGUCCAUUUUUGGAGAUCCGCACCCGCUUAAAACUAAAUUAGGACUAACCCAGGACUAACCAAAGACUGGUUCCAGGACUGAACCAGGAGGACUAAACCAGGACUGAACUAGGACUAAACCAGGACUCACUGUUGGGACGGGCUUGGAGGUGCACCCGUGUAGACCGUCGGGUGACCAUAGGCGAAAGGACCGGCGUAGAGCUCCGUGACCCGUGGAGGUAUGAGCAGACGUCGCCUGAUUGCGCUUUGUGGACAACCUUCUCACGGGCUCGGGGUUCUCGCUCUUAAGUCCAAGAUUAGACCUGGAUUAGUCCUGGUGUAGGUCUGGUGUAGUUCUGGGUAGUUCUGGUGUAGUUCUGGUGUAGUUCUGGUGUAGUUCUGGUGUAGUUCUGGGGUAGUUCUGGUGUAGUUCUGGUGUAGUUCUGGGAUAGUUCUGGGUAGUUCUGGGGUAGUUCUGGUGUAGUUCUGGGAUAGUUCUGGGGUAGUUCUGGUGUAGUUCUGGUGUAGUUCUAGGGUAGUUCUGGUGUAGUUCUGGGGUAGUUCUGGGGUAGUUCUGGUGUAGUUCUGGUGUAGUUCUGGUGUAGUUCUGGGGUAGUUCUGGUGUAGU